AGGAGACUUGUGUCGUUUCUAUCUGGCAACCCUGGUCGUCGGCUUUCCGCUGCGGAAGACGCCGCCGUUACAUGUAAACAAAGGUGCUCGGCUCGGGAAAAGUGUCUUCUGGACCCCGGAGCGGUGGACUCGCGCCAUGGCUUCCCCCUCGGACUGAAACCAAGCGGGCAACAUGUCCAUGGAAGACCCUUUCUUCGUCGUCAAGGGCGAGGUGCAGAAGGCGCUGAGCGGCGCUCAGAGCCUCCACGGGAGAUGGAGCCUGUUGCUGUCGGAAGGGGGCGGCGCCUCCAAGGAGGAGAUGGACUGGACCGCCAACGAGCUGAGGAACAGCCUGCGCUCCAUCGAGUGGGACCUGGAAGACCUGGACGAGACGGUCGGCAUCGUGGAGUCCAACCCUAAGAAGUUCAACCUGGACGGCGCCGAGCUGGCCAAGAGGAAAGCCUUCAUCGCCGCCACCAGGCGCGCCGUCAAGGAAAUGAAGGAGCGCAUGUCCGCCGGUCCGGCCGUGACCUUCGCGGACAAGCGGGCGGCGAACGAGUACGGGGCGCCGGAGCGCCGAGCCAACGCCGACUUUCUGGAGGAGCAGCAGCUUCAGCAGCAGCUGAUGGCGGAGCAGCAGGACGAGCAGCUGCAGCUGGUGUCCGGAAGCAUCGGCGUCCUCAAGAACAUGUCGGAGCGCAUCGGCCUGGAGCUGGACCAGCAAGCCGACGCGCUGGACGACAUGGGCCAGGAGAUGGAGCGGGCGCAUUCCCGACUGGACAACGUCAUGAAGAAAAUGGCCAAAGUGUCCCACAUGACUAGCGAUCGCCGCCAGUGGUGCGCCAUCGGCGUGCUCCUGGGCGUCCUCCUGCUGGUCCUCGUCCUCCUCUUUGUCCUGUGAGCCAACGACGGACGCUUUUCCCUCGGAAGAACGCUAGACGCGGCUCCUUUGUUUUCCCCGACCUUCUCGGCGCAAAGAAACACUAAAGGGUUUUGCGGACGGCGCCGGUUAUUCCGCGAACCGACAGAAAAGAAUCCCGGUUUUCCCUGAAAAAGUAGCGUGUACUUGAGUUUGGCAGCUGACAAUAAACUUUUAGGAGUCUUCAGCUUGGGCUCCGCUCUUUCGUUGACCGAACGGUGGCAAAUUUUGACGAGCCGACGUCGACGGUGGCCGGACGCUUUGACGUCGAUCCAAUCUUCUUUUCAAAAUCAAUUGACAACGAAGCCCGUUUCAUUGACUUUGAUAGGAACCGACGUGGCCGGCCACUUCGGUAACUUUCCCACGCUUCCGUCGAGUUGAUGGCUACUAUUGUAGAGGUCCAAUUCAGUUGAAGCAGAUGAGGGGCCGCCGUGCAAUUCUUCCCGCUUCAAUUGGAUUGGGUGUCAUCAAUGAAUCGACCAUCUUUUGAGAAAUUAGAAACUAUUGCAAUGUAGCUUUGCUUUCGUAGGCCUAUCAGGUCCCUUUCUGAUGAGUUUGGGGCGUUUUGGCUGUUAGAAACAACUCUGUAUGUUUUUGGCCAAAACUGUCCACACCUUUGAUACUUCUUAGCAUGCUCAUUUUUUUGGACGUGUAAAUGAUGCAAUACGGACAAAACCCGUUGUACCGCCGGUAGCAUUUUAAUUGGCUGAAAAAACAGACACUUAAUUCCAAACGAAGCGGCUCAGGAGAACUUGGCGGCUUGGGGAGGGGGUCCCAGGAAGCCCCCCGCCUGCUUGGUAGCCGCCCUGGAGGGAGCCAGGCCCAACAUCUUCUGGAUGUUCUGCGGAGGCAAAAGGAGCGGAAUUAACCAUUUGAUCAAGUCCACCCGACAGGCAAAUCGUUCCGUUUCCCUACGACACGCUGAGAGGUCGGUGCGUCCAAACACAGAGUGAAUGACAAAAGGAAAGUCCGUUUAGCCUUCAUCAGACAUGUCAACCAUUUAGCACGGGUUGCUAUUGCGUGCGUACAGUUGCUCGUGUGUCCUUACUACAUUCACGGUACAUACAGUAUGUUGGUGUCGCAAAGGACUUCCUGCGCUAAUUAAAGAGGACGUGUCGUAUCGUUAAACGGUAGUUCCCCUUGACGGCCGCUCGAUGGCAUGAUUCUUCCAGUUAUUGUCGGUGAAAUCGCUCACAAUUUGGGUGUUAUUGAAUGUGUUCAUUCAUUCAUUUGAAAACUGCUUUGUAAUUGAGCUUAUUCCUGAGUUCUUCUAUUAUUCACAGAUUUGAAUACCCUGUGGAGUUACAAAUCCUUAUUCAGGUACAUUAGGAAGGGAUACAAGUCCGAUUUAAAAACCUGUCACCAUCCUGCCUGUGCCAACUAGGGCCUUGGCAUUGCCUCACGAAAAAGGAGGCGUGGCUCCAAAAGACCGGCAAGCUAGUACCUGUCGAAUGGACAUGGUGCAAAGGAUGUAGAGGAAGAUGAAGGAGCAGUCGGUGUAGUCGUCGCCCAGCAGGUUGCGGUGCGACAGGCCCUGGAUGUAGGAGAGCGGCACGAAGGGCAGCUUGGCCACCACGCGCCCGUCAAAACUGAAAAAGAAAUGUCGCUGUAAUUGUCUUCAUCACACUCGUACCGUUAGCAUAGCAUCCACGCUCUCAUUAGGAUUUAGUGUGGCGAGCGUCAUCUUAAAAGUUUGGGUUUUUUUUCCCCCAAGUUGACAUUGUCCUUGAAGAAUAGGUGCGCGUCCGUCUGACAGUGUCCAUUCCAAAUUGUUGGGAAAACUCAAUUUAUUUUUGGUAGUGCUGUAACUACUAAUCGUUUAACCUGGAGUCAUUCGAUUGGGAAAAAAGCUUCCUAUCCAAAGUUUGCCGCUUCGAGGAUUCGUUUAAUUAGAGUGGUGCUUUCAUGCCAGUUUCUAGUUGUGUUGCCAUUAGUUUUAUUGAUUUGAAUGGAUACACUGCCCUCCGAUGGCAACGGUCAAUAUGACAACUUGUCUAACAUGGCCUAAUCCAACUGCCACUGUUAAGGUCAACAUAAGGUUAUACGUUUUUGUUUGAAUUAAUGUGUUUGUUCAUGCAUUUGGUAUUUAGCUAAAAGGUAUAUAUAGAGAACUUUUUUGUUUGAAUGUGUGUUUGAAUAACGUUAAAAACAUUAUUAAAAAAAAAAACUAACAUUUUAUAGCAUUUAAGCUAGCGGACUUUUGCUAUCCAAGUGAGCCAAUUGCCAAUUGCACUUAGAUCUAGGGCUGCAGCUAUCAAAUAUUUUAGUAAUUGAGUAUUCCAGAUUAAUCGAGUAACUGGCUAAAACUUUUUUUUAAGGUAAGGAGCAAUUAUAAAUAUAUAUGAGAAAACAAGACAUUGAACCAUUUUCAGACAAUCAAUAUCUUUAUUUUCAAUGUGCAUUGUUGAAAACAGCCAACAAUAGCACCUCAGAUGUGACUAGAAAACAACAACAACAACAACAAAUUCACGGCUUUCACUCAAAAAACUUCUAGAUCUUAUUUUUAAAAAAUGAAUCAAUCUUAUUUCUUACUUAAAAAACUCAUUACACCUCAUGUGAUUGAAUUGAAUUUCCAUUUGUGUCAAGCUAUCUCUAAGUUUUAAAUGAGUCUAAAUUGGAAGUCCUGAUAGGAUUUGGCGUUUUUGCAGCGUUCAGAAAAAAUGUGGUAUUGGAGCACAUUAGGCACCAGGGCUAAUUAGUGUUUUAUCCAACAAUGAAUACUGAGCUAAAAUUGACAGUUAGCUUUAUUAUCUUUUUAUUUGACACCCUUAUCACUCUACAGCGCUGUGUGCCUACAGAUGAAAUAAAGGCUGUAUGUAAGACAGGUUAGCCCACGCCACGGGUGUCAAAGCGAUUCCAGAAAGGGCCAAGUGUAUGCUGGAUUUUGUUCCAACCAAUGAAGAGGACACCUUUUGACCAAUCUGAUCUCUCACAUGGGUAAUCAGUUCAACUUUUUUCAGGUGCUGCUUGUUUCAACAGAAAAUUCAUUGGUUAAACUCUGCACGGUAUCGGUUGGAACAAAAUCCAGCACACACUUGGCCCUUUCUGGAAUCGCUUUGACACCUAUACGUUAGCCACUCAUCGACAGUAGUCAUAAUUAAUAAAAACCCUAGCCCUCCACAGGGCUAACGUUCUUCGAGCAAGGUACGGUAACGUUAAUCUUAUUUAUUAGCGCUGAGAAGUCUACUGCUUUAAGAUGGCGGCUGUUUACUCAUGCCGGUGAGUCUGUCAUUUUGCAUCUAGUUCUAUAUGCAUGUGAUAUCUAUGAGACUCAUCAGAUGCUACCACUGUAGCAUCACGCAGCCGUAGUUUGUAGCAACGUUGGCAUAGUUUGUAGCGGCUGUCGGCCGCGGUCAGGUAUUAUCGCUUCUUCCUCUACGCACGUGCCGUCAGCGCGCAUCAAAAGUGGUCCGGGCAAAACGUGAUGCUUAGAGCUGGCAAAAUGAAACGAUUCCUCGAGGCGGAUAAAAUGACUAGGAUCAAUUUUUAAACUGGACUUACUAGAGUAUUGGAUUCAGCUCUACUUUGAUCCUCAUUCAUUUUUAUUGAAAGCUGAAUCGACGACUUAAAUAAUGGAUAGCUGCAGCCCUCAUUUUUGGACUCAAUUUUUUUCGGACGAAAAUGUCGUCGAUGACUAAAACAAGAUGAACCCAUUUUGAUGGGACUAAAAGGUGAUUCGUGAGUAUUUUGCUCCAAAAGACAAAAAGGGCUACGAGCUACUCACAUGGAGUUGAACAUGCCCAUCAAAGCGGUGAAGCAGAAGCCGAUGGCGAACAUGGACUUCAUGCGCACCUGCGAAGGAAGGCAAAAGGUGAGGCCAGAGACGGAGAGAGCCGAGCGCCGCGCGACGGACCAUGGACAAAUCCCGAUUGUUGUUCUUGAGUUUCUCUUCUUGUCUCUCUGCAAACGAGCGGGACACCAUAGGGGUCAAGCGGGUGCGGCGGAACGCGCGCCAACGAGCGACGCCGUCUCACCGAUCUUCUUCUUUUGCUGGCGUCCCGCCGAUUCCGUGAUGGUUUCCUUCUUCUUCUCCACUGCGGCAAAACCCAAAAGCAGCGAUGAGACGGGGAACCGCCCGGUCGGCGGCGGCUAGCGCUUACGUUUUUUGCUCUGCUUUUCCACCUCCGCCUUGAGCCGCUUGUACUUGUCCGUGCGGUACACCAGCACCCACGUGAUUCCUGUCGGCAAAUUUGUUCAUUGAGAAUGAGUGGGCAGAAGAAAAAUAAUAGCCUCAAUCUCCUGCGACUUUUCAUGUGUAAAUGAUGUGGACAAAAAACUGUAGCGUUUGGAAAUGUCACUUUUUUUAACCCUAAAAAACGCCAUGAAAAAAAGAGGAAUAUUAUCGCUUUUGGACUUCGUUACUGUAUUUAAGUACAUUUUUGUGUAUCGCUACUUCAUACUUGAGUACAAAUAUGAAGUGGUACUUUUUCCUCCACUACUUUUCAAUUGUGGCCUGCAUUAAACGUUACUUCUUUUUUGUUUUUGUUUUUCCUCAUUGCGAAUUGUUCGUCUGGGUUUCAUGCCUCCGGCACAAAGGAUAAGGCUCGUGCAACUAUAUUGGAAUUGAGCACAAGAGGCAGCAAGAUUAGGCGGGUGAACAAGAUAUUGG